GCUCCACUAGUUCCAUCACUUGGCUUGUGUAUGAAAACAAUAAUCAACCUCGGCCACAGGAAAAACGCCAAAGGACCUGUCGCUCCGUUUUCGACCUGAUAUUUUUUACGGGACGCACGGAGACGACCAAAGACAAAGUCCCGCGAGGAAGCGUCAGGCUCUUGUUGUUCCUGACAAGAAUAAUUUACGAAAAUUUAGUGUCAUAGGAGAGGAAGUUACGGUUUAACAUAACCCCCUUCCUUAGCUCCAACCAGCUAGCCACCCGACCCUUUGCUCGUCGUUAUCAGUCCACUUUGUUUUGUUUGUUAUGCAGUUACCGGAGGGCUCUUGUCGUAUACGUUCUCUGCCACCUUUUAGCUCCCUCACCCCCACUUCUCUGUCCUUAUGUCUCGUUGGCUCUUCCCCUGGUCGGGCUCAAUAAAGAAACGGGCCUGUCGAUACCUUCUACAACAUUACCUUGGGCAUUACUUACAGGAGCGACUGAGUUUGGACCAGCUUACUCUAGACCUGUACAAUGGCAGCGGGGUCAUCAAAGAAAUCAACCUCGAUGUUUGGGCGGUGAAUGAGUUGCUGGAGUCCCUCGGGGCUCCGUUGGAGAUUUUGGAAGGUUUCGUAAGCAGCAUCGCCGUGACCAUCCCGUGGGCCGCAUUGGUCACAGACCACUGCACCCUCGAAGUCACCGGUUUACAAAUCACAUGUCGCCCAAAGUACAGAACAGGAGGAGGAUGGGACUCUCAGGGCUGGUCCACCUCUAUGACAUCCAGCAUGCAGCUGGCCCAGGAGUGCCUGAAAGACCCGCCAGAGGCGUCCGAAGAGCCGCCUGCACCUUUAGAAGGCCUGGAGAUGUUUGCACAAACCAUCGAGACAGUGAUGCGGCGGAUUAAAGUUACCUUCCUGGACACCAUCGUCCGGAUAGAGCACCAUCCCCUGGAUUCAGAGUCUGGGGUUGCCUUAGAGAUGCACAUUAAACGGCUGGACUACUGUGAUGAGGCAGUGAAGGACUCCAGUCAAACGGUGCCUGUAGACAUCCACCAGCCGCCUGCCUUCUUACACAAGAUUCUCCAACUCAGCGCAGUUCAGCUCUACUAUGAGAAGAUGGGAGGACCUCGGGAUCUGAUUGCUGAUGAACACUUGGAGGGUGACGAGGAAGAGGAGGAAGACGAAGAUGAGGACGAGGAUAAUGGUGAGGGUGAUGAAGGCCCCAGAGCCCCCCCUCACCCCAGCCAGCCUCUGCUGAUUGGCAGCUGCUCUGGUUUCAUGGAGACCACAGUUAAGAUCAAACAGAACGACAUGCUGCCUGGACCCAAGCUGGAGUUGGAUGGGAAGGUGGGCAGCCUGCACCUCCUGCUCAGCCCGGAUCAGAUCACUAACCUGACCAGCCUGCUGGAGGCCCUGUGCAUCGAGACAGAGUCUGUGGGUCUGUGUGGUGGUCGUAGUCGUCCCCUUGGUUCUGAGGAUUUGCGUGUGAUAGAGGAAGACCUCAACAAACAACUUAGCACUGAGAACCCACUAGAAUUUGAUGAAGAACCAUUCCUCACUGGCCUGGAGAAUGGAGAGAUGUUCUUCUCCAUGGGGCCAGGCAUGAGCAGCAGUGUGUUAUCUGCACGUUCAGGCAGUGAGUUCUCAGACAGCGAUAUGGAGUCGUCCACACACAGCCAACAGAGUUUCACACACCCUCUCUCUCCACAGGGUACGCUGAACUGUCCCAGACGUUAUCCUGUAGCAGGAUCUUUAUCAUCUCUGCCCCAAUGUAGCCGACCGCCAGGUCGAUCCUCAGGUGGCAGCAAAUCAGAGCCUAUGAAGCCAGACGCUUUGCUCCGCCUCACUCUGGGUGGGGUCACGCUGACACUGCUCGAGCAGAACCCGCCCCCUGGGCCAGAUGGAGAGUCUUCAUUGGCUGCAGUGUCCGACGAGUUCUUUAAAGAGCUGGCCUUCUUUAAAGACAGUAUGUUCAGCGAAAGAGAUUUCUUCCACCUCAGGGCAGGGUUCAGCAAAGCCUGUCCACACUCACACAUCAGGCUGACGGGAGCGGCCAUGCAGAUAUCAUGUGAGAUGCGGAGUGCUGGGCGACACACACGUGCGGUGACCUCUGACCUGUCCUUCAGCAGACUGGAGCUGCUCGAGUGUCUGUGGGAAAGCACAGGACCUCAGUAUACAGAGCUGAUCCAGUUCCAGACGGCAGGUAUGUUCACAGUGGGAACCACAGCCCGACCCUGUGCUCAGAUACAUCACAGUCUCUCAGAGAGGAACACACGCAAGGGAGCGAAGCAGCGUGUGUUGCACAGAACGAGUGUGUUGCGUGUCGAACUCGGGGAAAUGACUGCUGAGCUGGAUCUUGACAUCAUCGGCCGCCUGGACCGUCUCAGCAAAUCCCUGAGCUCCAAUCCCGAUGCCUGUGCCUCGCCCGCGAAAACACCGACCCAGUGUAUAGAGCAGCGUUCCUCCCUCACUCUCCUCUCUCCACACACCGUCCUCAAGCUCCGCUUCCCUAUCCCUGACCUUCGACCUCCUGAGGAGCGACGACCUUUGACCCAGCGGGCGGUUAGGAGCGAGACCCUAAAGCUUGAGGUGUCGCAUCUGGAGAUCCGAACCCAGACUGGCCCGUCCGAUACUCCUGCAGACACGCACAAACACACACAUGCCAAUGCACACUCACACGCACACACAUACACGCUGCCCAACUCAAACUCCCAGACGGACCUCAACCUAAGUACGCUGUUUGAAGCCACCUUCAGCGACCUGCACGGUGUGUAUGAGGGCUGGGAGGGUGGUUCUUUCCCCUGCAUCCGUGUCCAGAAGAGCCAAGACCCACAGAAUCCUGAUGCCAUCCCCAGGAUCUCUUUGCGUGUGAGGGGGGAUGCCAGCACUGAGGCUGUGGUGGGUGGGGUUCUGCGGGAUAUGGGGUUGGGUUCCAUGUCUUUGGAGAACCCAUGUGAGAUCCGCGAGAAGAACAGCUCACCAUUCUCAUCUAACCGCACCAUGUUUGAGACUGAGGAGAUGGUGAUCCCUGCAGACCCAGAGGAGAUGCGUGUGUUUCAGGAGCAGUGUGUGUGUGAGAGUCAGUGUGUGGUGGACAUCGUCCUGCCCACCGCCUACAUCUUGCUGCCCAGCAAAGAGGCCUUCAACAGCGUUUACAACAGGAUUAAUAAUGACUUGUUGAUGUGGGAGUCUCCUGUGGCUCCCCCUAGUGACCCGGAGCGGCCCCGCGCCCCCACUCACCGCUCUUCUCAGGACGACGAGUUCCAGCUCUGCAAAUCAGCUUUCAGACUCGACUCUGACUCAGAUGAGGAGGAGCAGUUCUACUCCACCAGCGAAUCAGCACGUCGGAAAAAGGCAUUGUCCCGCCCUGACCACGCCCUCAGCUUGCUGUGCAUCACUGUACUAAUAGGCAAAGGCCGUGUCCAGGCCAUGACAGACAGCAAGAACGAGGCCGGCCGUAAGGUGGAACAGAUUCAUGGAGAGCUCAUCCUGGAUGUGGAGGGGGGGAAGAUGUUCAGCGUGUCGCAGCAUCAGAACAACCCCCAUCUUAACUUCCUGACACUAGAGAGCAGGAAGGUGGAGCUUCAUCAUAGAGCGGUUGUCCCCGACUCCCCCCUCCCUGCGCGGCUGGAGAUGCCCAGGUUCACUGCCCCUCAGCAUCUGGACCCUACCAUCUAUGCCACAGAAGGGGGGGUGAGCAGCGUUUCUGGGCGGGAGACUGAUGUCCAGAUGUUGUCUACUGCCAUCAAGAUCACACUGGACCCUCAAAGAAGUGUGAAGGAGUUCCUGGUUGCUUUGCGUCUACAUGGCGCCACAUUACGACAUUACAUGGCACUGACCAAUCACAGCUGGCAUGAGCAGCUUGUUGAUUUCCUGGAUGUGGUGGAUGAUGACAUUAUGGGAUACACAUCUCCGGCUGUGAUCACGGUCCUACACACACACCUGGCCACCUGCGCAGUAGACUACAGGCCUCUCUAUCUUCCUCUGAGAAUGCUGUUUACGGCUGAGUCCUUCUCUUUAUCCAGCAACAUCAUUGUGGACACGGCCACUUUCCAUCUCAGGUUUAUCCUUGAUGAUUCUGCUCUGUACCUCUCGGAUAAGUGUGGAAGUGAGACAGUGGAUCUGAGGAAGGAUUAUGUGUGUGUGUUGGACAUUGAUCUUUUGGAGUUGGCCAUCACCACCUGGAAAGGCAGCAACACUGGAAAACUGACCCAGCCCUUGUUUGAACUGCGCUGCUCCAAUAACGUGGUGCACCUGCACACCUGUGCCGACUCGUGCGCCGCCCUCGUCAACAUGCUGCAGUACCUGGUUGCCCAGGGUGACCUGCACCCCCCGCCCAAACACACCUCCCCUACUGAGAUUGCCGGACAGAAGCUUCCGCUAUCAGAAAGUCCCGCCACCCUUCCACCAUACCCCCCUGCUGAGACGGCUGAAAUCAACCAAUACGAUCUAGCCGAUGCCUUGAUUGACACAGAGAGAAGCCGAGACGAACGGCAGGAUUCGGAUUCUCCAACCUCUGUGCCGCGAGCCUCGCCGGUCUCUGUGUACCUCUUCCCUGGGGAGGCCCCUAAGCCACGUCCCACCGUGCUUGAGGAGGAGGAGGAGGAGGACCUGGACCUGGCUGGAGAGGUGGCCACGGGCACGGAGGUACACGCAGACACGGCGUCGGAGGAGGGCUCCGAGGGGUCCACUGACAACGACGACUUCUGCAUCCUGGAGGCUCCGGGCAUGGGCAUUCCGCCACGUGAUGGUGAGCCUGUGGUGACCGUGUUGCUUCCGGGUCCUAUCCGUGUGAAGGAGGGGUAUUUCUCUCGCCCCCGGGGCAGUUCGGACCUGCUGCGAGCCCCGUCGCGUUUCCCCGUGCCCCAGUCACGGCUGGUGCUGAAGGAGAUCUCUGUUGUGUGGCAUCUGUACGGGGGCAAGGACUUUGGGGGCAAGCCUGCACCCUCUCAUACACACCAACACAGCCAAAGGGGUCGCUCUGCUUCAGCUGGGGCGCGUGGUUCCCCCUCCCGCUCUGCGGCUCCCUCUCGCCCCCAGAACUCCUGGCGUUGGCUCGGAGGAAGCGGCCGCCAACACACACUGCUUAUGGAGAUCCAGCUCACCAAGGUGAGCUUCCAGCAUGAGUCAUACGUGGUGUUGCCCCCUGCAGUCCACGGUGGAGAGGAGGGUGUGUGUGUGAGCGUGGGGGACCAGCCGGUCUCUCGGCAGGUGUUUAUCGUUCAGGAGCUGGAGGUGCGAGAUCGCCUGGCCUCCUCUCAGAUCAACAAGUUCCUUUACCUGCACACCAGUGAGAGUAUGCCACGGAGAGCUCAUUCCAACAUGCUGACGGUGAAAGCGCUGCAGUUGUGUCCGGAAUCAGGACUGGGAGGUCCAGAGUGCUGCCUGAGAGUCAGCCUCCUGCCACUGAGACUCAACAUAGACCAGGAUGCCUUGUUCUUCCUAAAGGACUUCUUUAGCAACAUGGCGUCUGGAGUGAACCCCUACCAGCCUGUAGACCUGGCAGCUGAAGUGAAACCAGAAGCUACCCAGAAGCAGCCUGAUGAGGCGGAGCCUGUUGCUGGGCUGGGCCCUGACCUCACCGCGUCCGUGGAAACGACUUUCAGUGAGCAGAGCUCCUCCUCCGCUGGCUCCUCCGCUUCCUCCACUGAGCAGCCAAUCUACUUCCGGGAGUUCCGCUUCACCUCUGAGGUGCCCAUCUGGCUGGACUAUCAGGGCAAGCAUGUGGUCAUUGAGCAGGGCACCUUCGCAGGCAUUCUGAUCGGAUUAGCCCAGCUGAACUGCUCCGAACUGAAACUCAAGAGACUCUGCUGCCGACAUGGUCUGCUGGGAGUAGAUAAGGUGAUCCAAUAUGCCGUGAAUGAGUGGCUGACUGACAUCAGGAAGAACCAGCUGCCAGGAAUUCUGGGAGGUGUAGGCCCCAUGCACUCUGUAGUCCAGUUAUUCCAUGGAGUGAGGGAUCUGUUCUGGAUGCCCAUAGAGCAGUACCGGCGGGACGGCCGCAUUAUCCGCGGCCUCCAGAGGGGGGCAGCGUCCUUCGGCACAUCGACUGCUGCAGCAGCCCUGGAGCUCAGCAACCGCCUGGUGCAGGCUAUUCAGGCCACGGCUGAGACUGUUUACGAUAUCCUGUCCCCGACUCCGCCCCUGACGCGCUGCAUCACAGAAGGACGCCCCGCCCCCAGACACAGACACAGAAACCAACCUGCCGAUCUCAGGGAGGGUGUGGCCAAAGCCUACGACACCGUGAAAGAGGGUGUCAUUGAUACAGCGCAGCAGCUGUGUGGCGUGGCGUCUCGUGGGCACGAGCAGAAGGGCUUGACUGGGGCAGUGGGCGGAGUCCUGCGGCAGAUCCCACCCACCGUGGUGCGGCCUCUGAUCGUGGCAUCGGAGGCCACGUCCAACCUGCUGGGUGGCAUGCGGAACCAAAUCAAACCGGACGCGCGCAAAGAGGACUUCUUAAAGUGGCGUACAGAGGAAGGACAGGAUUGAGGGAGAGAGGGAGAGAGGUGACGCAGUGGUUGGACAUAAAAUGGAGGAAGUCUAGUGUGACUGCGGAUGUGUGUGUGUGUGUGUGUGUGUGUGUGUGUGUGUGUGUGUGUGUGUGUGUGUGUGUGUGUCUUCUUAAGAGACAAAGUAUAUCGUUUUGUUUGUCAACAAAAGAGCAUCAUGAAGCUGCAUGCAUGCUUGUGUGUGUAUGAAAGUGUGUGUUUGUUUCGGUUUGUGUGUAUGUUUGUGCAUGGUUGUAUGUGUGCAACAUACAGGAUGAGUCCAUAUCAAUGCAAAAACAAACUUGCAAAGACAAACCACUACGGUAUGAAUGAGAGCCAGUAUUCUUUGGAAGCUUCCAUAUGUGUACAGCAUAACAUUCAGACACACACAUACACACACACUUGCUCUCUUGUCUUUGUGAGUUUAAUAUUAUCGUAUUUUGCUUACCUGACUGACUGACACCAGAGAUUUGGUGUAUUACAUGGUGUGUGUGUGUGUGUGUGUGUGUGUGUGUGUGUGUGUGUGUGUGU